AUUGUAGUAGGCGUAUGUGAAAACAUUUAUGGUAACAACGCUGUAAUUAAAAUGUAAAUAUGUAUUGAUGUGCAUUUAUAGUACAUAUAAUACAGACGGGCCAUUUGGAGACAGGAGUUUCACAUACCCUUGGUGUAAAUAUAACUUACUAUUUAUAGUAUAUCCACCCACUUGCCCACGACUGUUCUCUGAUUAAACAUAGCCUAAACAUAACACUUAUAAAGAAGCAAAAACACGUUUCGUACUUACACCAAGUUGUAACACGUUAGGUUACUGAGAUAAACCAAGGGCGUUGGUUUAGUUUCAACGUUAUAAAGACGAAAUCCACCCUGAAGCCCCCACCCCCCAUUUAAUUACGCACGGUGCUCCCGAUAUAUACCCAAAGAAUGACCGAAUUCCAACCGUUUGAGCAAGACUUCUACCAGUCAACCUAUAACAUAGAUGACCAGGGGCAGAACGUAUCUGACUUAGAAGGAACGCGGCAGAAUCCCAAUAUUGUCUACGGCAGGAUGGGUCCAGGUACGUAUAACCCUUCUGUGGUACCUGGUUCCCCCGUUCAGCCUUACACUGGACAGCUCUUUCAGCCCUCGGAGGUUCCUGUGACAUCAGCCCACCCAGCUGCAGACAACUUUGCAGAUGAACCACCUUUACUUGAAGAGCUGGGAAUUAAUUUCGACCAUAUCUGGCAGAAGACUCUGACAGUAUUAAACCCAGUUAAGCCAGCAGAUGGCAGCAUCAUGCGUGAGACGGACCUGACUGGACCUGUACUUUUCUGCAUAGCCCUGGCUGUCACGCUGCUUAUGGCUGGGAAGUCCCAUUUCGGCUUUGUGUAUGGGGUCAGCGCAAUGGGCUGUGGGGGUGUGUGCAGCCUGCUAAACUUGAUGAGUGACAUAUCCGUGUCCUACGGCUGCGUGGCCAGUGUCCUGGGCUACUGCCUCCUGCCCAUGGUGGGCCUCUCAGCUUUUGCCGUGUUCUUCACCCUGCAGGGCAUUCUGGGAGUUGUGCUGGCGCUCCUCGUCAUUGGCUGGUGUAGUCUGGCUGCCUCAAAGAUCUUCAUAUCCACAUUGGCCAUGGAGGGCCAGCAGCUGCUGGUAGCUUACCCUUGCAUGCUCCUCUAUGGGGUCUUUGCACUGUUGACAGUCUUUUGAGACGACCCCAGCAGCUUUAAUUCAGUUUGAGAGGAGGUGUUACAGCUUAAAGAAAAUCCACCAGGCUCUCCCUCAAGUUAAAACAGGAAUCUGACAGCACAUUUUUAUUAGAUUUUUAUCUUUUAUUAGUUUUAUUUCUGUUAGUUUGAGAGUGAACUUUAUAUUUUUUCUGAUAUUGCUUCAUUUUCCCCCC